AUGAGUGUCGUUCUCACCCAAACUCCCGCGACCCAAUAUGUUCCCAAAUAUCUUUUCAUUUCCGGCGACAGCCAGCGCGGCACUGGCAAAAGUCGGCAUGUCAUGAAAGAAUUUCUACGCAAGCGCGAUUCCAUCCGUCGUCAAAAGCAAUUGGCUACACGAUUGCAAAGUCGUGUCCUUCCCUGGCUACGCCGAGAAGAUAUGGAACAAGUGCCAGUUCGAACAGAUGUCACUGGGGUGGACGUUGGAGGAUCGUCUGAUUCUCCGAGCGACUUCAGUUCAAGACCUUCAUCCCCCCAACAGUCUCAAUGGACCGCUGGAAGCACAAUGGAUGAGGCGUACUCCUCACCAUGUUUCAGUCCGCCGUGUUCUCUUUCAGACCCCACGGACCUCCCAGACAUUCCAAUGAAACCUCCUUACAACACGCAAGAGCUGCUUGACUACUUGCACGGUUCUGUGAUAUGUCGCCUCUACGAGACAGAGCAGUCGAGUAACAUUACCUCGCCGGCGACCGUCAUGGUGAAUCAUAUAAUGACCCGCUCAGUGUCGGCACGAAUACUCCUUGCGAUUUCCAGUCUUCACCGCGAUAUUGAAACAGGACAGCAAACACCAAGCUCGGAAACGCUCAGCUUGAUCCUUGAAGGCAUCGGCUUGCUGAAAGAACACCUACAACGCCCCAGUGGUGUUUCUGACGACACCGUCUUGGCAGUGCUCAACCUAUGGGCAUACGAAGUAACAUUAUCGAUAGGAUCUACUCGAAGUGGACCCGAAAGCGAUUCAACUGAAGGGAGGAUACUCCCGAAAUCGCUAACGUAUAAUAUCCAAACGCAUUUGAAUGGGCUUCAGCGAUCCAUCAAUUGCCGUGGCGGGCUGCGCAAUCUUUCACCGGAGACACUGUGGCUUCUGGCUUGGUGUAUAUGUACACUCCCAGGAUAUUCUCCUAUCGACACUAGAAUGAUGGUGCCCGCCGUUAGCAGUCCUGGAGCCUUGCAAACAGGGACUGACGUCUACUACCGCCCGGCCAGGCUGUUUGACACGCUUUCAAAAAUUCAAAGACACAUGUCAUUACCUCAUUCUCAGGCCAACAUCCUCCACGAAACAUCAUUUUCACCUUUGAAAACAUUGUUGCGUCGACUGAAUGCGAUGCGGCAUGCUCUCAAUCAACAGCCAACGCCGAUAAACAGACUUCGCAAGUCGGCUUCAUUGGUAUCAACGCUCCUUUUCAUCUUUGAUGUCUUUCUAGAAGGACCGGAUUCAGCUCACCGAGAAGUCUGCGACCCCCAAGACCAGUUGAUAGCAGUCCAGAGACGACUUGUCGAUCAUGGUAUCGACAAAGAAGGGUCUCUCGAAAAGGUUUGGCAGGUUCUCAUGACGCAGCAAGAGGCUCCGCAGCUUCAGCUCCAUCCGAGAACUUGGCCAAUUGUUGAGAUGGUGAAUGUGAUCAAGCAUUUGAACAUUUCCACGGUCGAUGCACUGUCACAACUGCUGCUCGGGUAUCUGCUGCCUGAGACUUGUGACAAUGCGGUUGAAGAUUUCAGGUAUGAGAAGAUUAUGCUGCAACUUCAUUUUGAGCUAGAUGGUCUGGCCGAUCUUACUUGA